CGACAAUCUGUGCUCGUUCCCAAGUGUCCAGUUGAACCAUCGACGAAAUGAAGCUCGAGGGCCAAGAAAACGGAAAGGUCGAGCUGAAGCGAGAGCUAGGUCUCUUCAGCGCAGUGAGCAUCAUACUGGCUGUCAUGAUCGGUUCUGGGAUCUUCGUAUCGCCGACCAGCGCUCUGGAGAGAUCGGGAUCCGUGGGUUUCUGUCUGAUAGUCUGGACCAGUUGCGGAGUGCUCUCUUUGCUGGGAGCACUCGCGUUCGCUGAAUUGAGCACGGUGGUCCCACGGUCCGGUGCCGAGUACGCUUACUUCAUCGAGGCGUUCACACCCCUGCACCGAUACGCCGGCCAGAUUCCAGCCUUCAUCUGCUCCUGGGUCUAUGUGGUCCUGCUACGACCUGCGGAAGUGGCGGUGGUUAUGCUAACGUUCGCGGAAUAUAGCGUGCAACCAUUCUCUACUUACUUGAACGAUCUGCCGGACGAGUCGAUGCAGCAACUGAAGAAGUUCAUAGCGGUGUUGGCGUUGGGCUUGAUCACGUACAUCAACCUGACCAGCGUGAAGCUGUACGUGAAGGUCCAGAAUGUGUUCACGGUGUGCAAGGUGGUAGCCUGUAUAGUUGUGAUCGGAGGUGGAAUUUGGUGGCUGUGCACGGGACAUACGAAGUUGUUGGAGCAUCCGUUUCGCGGUAGCACCACUUCCGCUGGCGACAUAGCGUUGGCGUUCUACAGCGGUCUGUGGGCUUACGACGGCUGGACGUCGGCUGCCGUCGUUACCGAGGAGAUCCAAAAACCUGAAGUCAAUAUACUAAGGAGUAUUCUGAUCGGCGUGCCACUGAUCACCGUAUUAUACGUCUCGAUGAACUUGAUGUACAUGGCUGCGCUGACGAUGCCGGAAAUGGUCGGUGCACCGGCAGUCGCGGUCCUCUGGGCGGACAGAGUCCUGCCUGCCUGGCUGGGAUUCACGAUUCCUCUGGGCGUCGCCCUGUCCACUUUUGGAUGCAGUCUCAGCAUUCAGUUCGGGGUGUCCAGGCUCUGCUACGUCGCUGGAAGGGAGGGUCACGUACCUCGCGUGUUCAGCUACGUCCACAUGGAGAAGAUGACUCCAGCCGCGGCUGUGGCCUUCCAAGCGUUGCUUACUCUGGUUUGCUUGCUCUUGGGAGACAUAAUCGCCCUCAUCGAGUUCGCGAGCUUUUUGACUUGGGUAUUUUACGGGCUCGCCAUGGUGUCGUUGUUAAUUAUGAGAAGGACGAAACCGGAUGCCCCUAGACCGUACAGAGUGCCGACUGCGAUACCGUGGCUGGUGUUAUGCGUUUCCAUUUUCCUAGCCGUGACGCCGAUUGUGCACGAACCGUCGCCCAAAUAUCUGGCCGCGUUACUGUUUAUUCUCUUCGGUCUCGUUGUUUAUCACGUGUACGUGUACAAGAAGAUCGGAAGCGUUUUGGCAGCGAGAAUCACGUACCUGAUCCAAGUCUUAUGCUUAGUCGUUGCUCCUGAUAAAGAAGACUGAUGCGAAAUAAUCUUACGCUUCGUAUUUAAUGUAAACAGCGGUGUACCGUUUAUUUACACUGUGCUAAAAUUUUAGAACACGGAUUAGGUCUGGGUAUAUUUAAUAAUUUAAAAGAAUGAGAUUGUUGUUUUCCUUGAUCUUAGUCAUUAUUAAAGACAUCAGAAUUUCAGACCUUAUAUGAUAAACGUAGUAGACGAGCUGUAUCGUAUAACGUCGAAUAACAUUUUCAUUAAUUUUAUAUUUUUUAAUUAAAAAUCUUCCGUAUCAACAUAAAACGUAGAAAUUAGUCCAAAAAGUAUAACAAUUCUUUUUUUAUAUAUAAAUAUAUAUUGUGCAGUAUUGUAAACGUUUCAUAAAGUAACCAUUGAGAUAUAAUAAAUAUUGACUAUAUUACAGAG